AUGGGUCCACCACUUCCUACCUUUUGUCCCCAAACGCUGCAACACUUCAUCGCCAGUCACUCACUUUCCUCCCCAUGCUUUCUUUCCUGGGAAAAAAAAAAACUGACCCCAUUUUCCUUUCCCAUCGAACAAACAUCCCAUAAACGAAAGCAAAACCUUUUCUUAGACACGGCUUUCCACUUUUUCCUUUCCGUUCUCUCUCUGAUAAAGCAAAACACAAUUUCAGUUCACAUUUAAGCUAUAAUGGGGAAGAAGCUCCUCGACUCUGAGUGGAUUUUUCUAUGUCAUCUGCUCCUUGUUGCUGUUGUGGCCGCCACGAACCAUGGAAAUGCUGCAAAUGAUCUCGUGGACAUUAUCAACAAGAAUCGAACUGCACAGAAACUUCCACACCUGAACAACAGCCCUGGACUUGGGUGCAUGGCCUUGCAAUAUGUUGAGUUAUGCAGGGAGAACUGCACGAGCAACAACACGGUAGAAUGUAAACCUUCAGAAGAUGAUUUCACUGAAGUUUUUGCUCCCAAUUGCGGAGUGGAGCUACCCACUUUUAGCACCAUAACCGGCCACAUUGUAGGUUGUCAAUCAAAGUAUCUCGAGCCAUUGCUAGCAUUUUCCCAAGUUCUCGUUAAAGAUCAUAAAUCUUUAUCUCUUCUGAGAAACAAAUCACAUACUGAAAUGGGAGUGGGCAUGAUUGGGGUCCAUAAAGGAUCCUUCUUUUGGUGUAUUUUAUUUAGCAGCGGGCAGACAAACUCCACAUUUGUUCUCGAAGAUCAUGGCGUUGGGAUCAAGCAAAAGAAAGGGUGCUACAGUGGAAGCAGUAUUCCAUGCAAUGGGGGACAGAAGUUGAGUGCUGUGAUUUCUAGCAUCAUAUCCAUGGCCUUUCUACUUAUUUAUAUGCUACAACAGUUGUAACAGUUUAUUUGUCUCUGAAUGUCAUCAUCAAACAAUGCUCAAAAAUUUUGUCUCGAAUUGAUUUCGGUUACGAUAAGUAAUAGAAAAUCCCAGCUUUCA